AUGUACACGCAGGGCCCGGGUAAGAAGCCGCUCUCGGCCCCGCCCGGAGCAAACCCAAAGGGCACCGGUGCAGCCGUCAGCCACCUCUUCACACACCGGGCCGCACCGGAACCGAGGCCCGGGAGAGCGUUCUCUCGGGGCCUAGGGGCCCCCCACGGACCUCGACCUCCCGGGGGACGCGGCGAGGAAGGGCUGAGGCCCCCAGAGCCGCAGGGGCCCCCACAGGCAGUGGGAGCCUGGCGAGCCCGGGACAGGGUCGCGCCGCACUCACCUCGGCUGUGGCCGCCGUCGCUUCACCAUGGCCSGGGGGAGUCGUCCCCGAGCCGAAAGUCUCCCCCCCAGGAGGGCACCGGCGCGGCUACAGGGGCCGCCGCAAAGCCUCGCACUCCUGAAGGGGAUGUGGUCGCUGCGGCGGCGGCGGGGGCUGCUGAGGCCCAGUGCCCGCCCAGCCGCAUCGGCUCCCGGGCCCCGCAGCCACGCGGGUCCCAGGGAGCACCGGUGAGCCGGGCGGGGGGCACAGACUGCAGUGGGACGACCGAGGUGCUGCAGGCGGUGAUUCUCCACGAAGCCUCCAGCGUCUCGGCCGCCGCUCCAGCCGCCCGCGCCGCUGGGCCACAGCGCCCCCUGGUCCCCACGUCCCGCUACGGCGCCGGGACUGCGGCUGCCGCGCCGGGCACGAGCGGCAGGGAACGCGAAGGAGCGCGGCCUGGGGGUGGCGGGGGCCCCGCGCGCCCUGCGCCGCCCUCCGUCCGCCCCUGA